AGGUACCUAAGGAGGUAUCUAAGUUCGCUAUGAAGCCUGUGACUUAUUCCUUCUCGGCGUAUCGUUCAAUAUUACAAAUGUCGUUUCGGGUAUGGUCGUCAAAGCAAGCUCUUAAGCCAGUGUGACAGCCUCAGCAUCGAUGGUGUCAAGCAGAAGACCAUAAUCAGAGAGUUAUUCCUAACAAGAUCCACACCCAACAGAUUCACAUACUGAGUCGCCCUACCGUAGGAUAUUCCAAAUGGCCUUGAUUCAAGGAUAACCAUACUUAGACCAGACGGCAAGCCUAUUGACAGAACAAGACGCCUGCGCGAAUAUUUAACGGAAUCUACCAUCUUUCCAGCCUGCUUUGAAAUCCUUCCUUCUUUCCCCCCUACUACCUAACAAUUUUCAUCAAGCACAUGUGCUCUUUUUUGAUCCCCGUUACAUUUCGGUACACGCCUACUUUCGAUCCAUCGCCUCCCUUCCAGCUGCUCUUAAGCCACAUUAUUAGCAGAAACCCAUUGAUAUUAACUCAGCCUCAAGGAAUUCCAAUGCCGUCCAACGUCAUCAUGCCGCCGCCCGUCAGCCGCGUCGUCUACGAGGUGCCGCCGCCACACAUCUACAAUCCUCUCUAUCCCGCCCGUGACGCCCCCGGACCGCCGAACCGUCCGCUCCCUAAGCCACCGGUACGUCCUAAAUACAGGGUUGGCGGCCCAGCUGUCGUAUACCCGACCACCGUUCUUCGGCCUGUUGCCGUUCUACGCCCUACGUCGCCGCCUAUGGAUGUGGAGACUGGUGUUCCUGCACCGCGGGUUCCACUGGCACCGAAUGCAGUUCUCCUACGACGGAUUGUGUGAAGGGUUUAUUUAGGGGAACGUCACUUUACUCUUACGACGAUCGUGGCUAUCAGAAACUACAUUCGCGGGGUGGAGCUUACGACUUUACGGAUAGGGGUUGAGGCGAUGUCUAGCAUUACUUUAGUUAUACCUGUCGCCUGAAUUAGGCACAUUGAUACAUCAUUAUCAUUUAUCCUCAUAUCCGUCGUUUUAUGUCAAGGAAUGUGAAUGAUCUUCUAAGUUGCUUCUCGAUCGAGGAAAGAUGCUUUCCUCUUUGCUUGCAAGUAAACUGCUUGUCUAUGAAAUAGUUAUAGUUAUUUACCUUAGGUACCUAGUUUAAUGUCGUAAUACAUGCUACUCGACCACGUAGCUCGCAACAACCAAUUAUACCCAUUGUUUAGUUUCGAACGAGCACCUAUUAAAUGAAUUCAUUACCGUCGCAAGAUCGCCAGGUCGUGAUCCAUCAUUAAUGUUACCUCAUUGGUUGGCGAAUCAAAACCCUGGCAACGAU